AUGCCACUGUUGUCAGAAUCAAACAAUACUGAUGAUAAAAGCUUUUCUACUUCAGUGCAGUCUACAGAUCAACUUUGGGAACCAGAACUACCGCCUUAUCCAAUUGACACCCACCACAUUCAACAAGAACACCUUUGCACCUGGCCAAUCUCUAACAGUGUUGAAAUGAACACCCUUGAUAAACCUUACGAUAGCAAAGCACCUGUAUCAGAACUGUAUGAUGACUUGAUUACAGAGGAGGAAGUUAUUGCAGACUCAACUUCGUAUCACCCUUCAUCUCAUCUCCAAACAUUGGAGGAUUUGCCUCAAGGCAGGCACUUGGGGCUAUACUCGACGAUAAUUUUGUUCAUCAGUAGGAUCCUAGGAAGUGGGAUUUUUAGUAUCACAUCGGGUAUAUACAUUGAUUGUGGACAAAGUCCAUUCCUAUUCUUUCUCGCAUGGAUCAUUGCAGCAAUCGCCUCAUUUGGUGGCCUCUAUGUGUUUCUCGAGAUGGGGUCGUUGGUACCUCGAAGUGGUGGAGCUAAAGUUUUCCUAGAGUUCAUAUACACCACGCCCACGUUGUUGGCGACUGUUGCAUUCUCCAUAUACCUGGUCAUGUUUGGAUUUACCAUUAGUAAUGUGUUGGUGUUUGGUGAGUACUUUAUUCAUGCGUUGGGGAUUACCAUUACCCCAUGGAGGAUCAGAAUCUCUGGAUUGUUGUUUCUAUAUGGUGCCGCUUUGAUACAUGGAGUCAGUGUCAAUCAUGGCGUCAAAGUUCAGAAUGUCAUCGGCGCAUUAAAGUUGGUUCUUGUUGUAAUUAUGGUUGUGAUGGGAUUAUAUGUUACCAUUCUUCUGCCUAACGUGACUAAAUUGCAGAGCCAUUUAGCAUGGGAUGAUUUCUGGCAAGUAAAAGCCAAGACCAAUUUAUCAUCCUUCUCCAGUGCUGUUAUUAAAGCGAGUUUUGCAUUCAGUGGUUGGAAUUCGGUACAUACUGUCUCUAAUGAAAUUCAAGAUCCCAUCAGGACGUUUAAAAUUGCGGGUCCAGUCUCGCUUGCAAUAAUGGCAGUUACCUAUGGUAUCAUCAACUUGGCGUACUUGAUAGUCAUACCUGGUCAAGAGAUUGUCAAUUCAUCAACACUUGUUGGGUCCAUUCUAUUUGAAAGGAUUUUGGGAAAGAGUCUCGGACGGCAUUUCCUCACUUUUGCUAUUGCUAUAUGUGCUGGAGGAAACAUUUUUGUCGUCAUCUACACGAUAUCCCGUGUUGAUCAAGAGGUAUUCCGUGAAGGUUACUUGCCAUUUUCAAAAUUCAUGUCGUCCAAUUGGCCAUUCGGGGCACCACUUCGAAUUCUCAUCUUAAGCUGUGCCAUCACAACGGUUAUCAUUUUGGGUUUUCAUGAAGGUGAUGUUUACAGUUACAUGGUGUCAUUAGAAGGAUACCCACAACAAAUUGCCAUUGCGUUGAUCGCAGUUGGUAUAUUCAUCAUUCGUAAGCGUUACCCAGAUCUACAUGCUCCGAUCAGAGCAGGCUAUUUUGGUACAAUAGCGGUUUUAUUAAUCAGUAUUUACUUGAUUGUUGGCCCAUUCAUUUCAUCUACUUCACCAAAUCCUAAGGGGUUGGAGAGUUGGCCAAACUAUGGACUUGUAGGACUGAUAUGUGUCUUUUUAUGUGUAUUGUAUUGGGCAUUUAUGUUCAGGUUACUUCCGUGGUGGGGAAACUACGAAUUGGUAGUUGAAGAGACAACUUUGAGCGAUGGGCUAACGAUCAAAUCGUGGAUAAAGGUUCCGUGCCCCUCCGAUUCUCAUCAUGGCCCUUUACUCGGCGAAUCCGUCGGAUAG